CGCUUCCGGUUCUUAGCGUCCGCGCUGGCUGGGGCUCUGCGUUCGAGCGAGCUUGGUGUGGCGUCUGCUGGUUCCGGGAGAUUCGAGGUGAGGGGGCCAGGUAGAGAGGUCCGGAGUAGGGGAAAGUUGAUGUGACCCGGCCGUCGAGGAUCCGCCCGCCUGCGAGAGCUCCAGCCAGGAUGAUCGAGGUUGUUUGCAACGACCGUCUGGGGAAGAAGGUCCGCGUUAAAUGCAAUACUGAUGACACCAUAGGGGACCUUAAGAAGCUGAUUGCAGCCCAAACCGGCACCCGUUGGAACAAGAUCGUAUUGAAGAAGUGGUACACGAUUUUUAAGGACCACGUAUCUCUGGGGGACUAUGAAAUCCACGAUGGGAUGAACCUGGAGCUUUAUUACCAAUAGAGCAGAAUUCCUUCUACCUGUCCUGCCCUCUUCCCCCACCCUCGCCCCCCACACUAAUAUGGAUGCUUGUUUUUGAAAACUCAUGUUAAUAAAGACUUAGAGGCUGCU